AUGGUCCAUCCCGUUGUGUAUCAUCCUGACUUCAAGAUAUCACCUCUGAAGGAUGGACACAGCAGCACCUAUGUUGACGCCUUCAUUGCUGGAACAAUAUCAGCGGAGAAGAUGCGGCAGAUUGGGCUGCCGUGGUCAGAGGAAUUGGUGAAGAGGACGCUCAUUGGGACCGGCAGCGCCCUGCUUGCCGCCCGGCUGGCAUUGCAGUACGGGGUGGCCGUCAUGUGCAAUGGGGGGACGCACCACGCACACGCAGAUCAUGGGACAGGGUGGUGCAUUUUCAAUGACCUGGCGUGCGCAGCGCGAGCCGCACAGAGAGAUGCUGGUGUCGAGAAAGUCCUCUUUGUGGACUUGGAUGUGCAUCAAGGUGACGGCACAGCGGCAAUCUUUCAGCGUGAUCCGUCUGUGUUCACGUUCUCGAUGCACUGUGAGGCACAGUCGUUUCCAAGUCCUUUGCAGACAAGCGAUGAGGACAUUGCGCUGCCGGCUGGCACCUCUGAUGGUGAAUACCUGGAGGUUCUGCAGGAGACGCUGCCUCGUCUUCUCUCCAGAGAAAAUCCAGAUCUAGUUCUGUACAAUGCGGGGGUGGAUACGAGGGCAUCCCGUCAGCGAGACAGGCUUGUCUUUGCAAGCUGUGCAGACGCCUCUGUGCCUGUAGCAUGCGCAAUCGGCGGCGGCUACCAGGAAGAUCACCUCAGCAUUGUAGAGCGGCAUGUUCUAUUGCACAGAGCAGCUCGGGAAGCCAUGCCAAAGUACAGUCCUCUGGUCCUUGCUGAUCUGAGAUCCAUGCAGCUGACGGAUCCGAAAAAGGAUCAAACGGAAGAGGAAUGA